AUGCUGCGACCCGUAACACUCCGCCCGCUCCGGGCGGCUCAACAGCCCGCAUUCCGCGCCGCCCGCCGCACAAUCUCUUCGUCGCGCGGUUCGUCCAAGCUGACGCAAGAGUUUGAUCUCAACAGACUCAAUGCUCAGCGCCGCGACUACGACCGCAACCGCACUGCGUUUCUCACCGCCGGCGCCGUCGCCGGCAUCAUCUCCUUCAUCUACACGGCCUGGAAACUGAAAAAGGCCAUUGAGGCAAACAAUGCCAAGGAAGGCGGCGGCGGUGUCAAGUUUGACUCCCCGCCCAACAUCCCGACGGAACAGUUCAAGACGGAGGCCGGCGAGCUGCGCAAGAUCAUUGUCCACGACGAGGACGGCAACGAAGUCGUGCCGACGGGCAACAGCACCGUGCCGCUCUUCCCGCGCACCAUCAACGUCAGCCUCCCCCUCGACACGAAGCGGCAGAGCACCCUCGAGGCCUCCAUCACCGACUCGGCCGGCACGCAGUACACGCUCGUCGGGCUGGGCAUGCGCAGCGUCACCUUCAUCGGCAUCAACGUCUACCUGGUCGGCCUGUACGUCGCCACGCAGGACAUCGCCCGACUCCAGCACUACCUCGUCAAGAGCGUCAACCCGGUGGCCACGACGCUGAUCCCGUCGGAGAAGGACGCGCUGCGCCGGCGGCUGCUGGACCCGGUCGAGGGCGAGGCGCUGUGGGACGCGCUGCUGCGCGACGCCGGCCUGCGCAGCGUGCUGCGCAUCGCGCCCGUGCGCGACACCGACUUCCACCACCUCCGCGACGGCUUCGUGCGCGCCGUCCAGGCCCGCUCCGCCCUCGACAAGGCCGCGUACGGCGACGAGGCGUUCGGCGCCGCCAUGAAGGCCUUCAAGGCGCUCUUCAACCGCGGUCAGGUGCCCAAGAAGAAGGAGAUGCUGCUGUGCCGCGGCGAGGGCGGCGCCCUGGCCGUCACCUACGACGCGGGUGGGAAGCAGCAGCGCGAGGUGCUGGGCACGAUCGAGGAUCCCAGGCUCAGCCACCUGCUGUGGCUCAACUACCUGGCAGGCAGCAAGGUCGCGUCGGAGCCGGCGCGCAAGAACAUCGUCGAGGGCGUCAUGGAGUUUGUGGAGCGGCCGGUCGGCACGGUCGCAACGCAGGUGGUAUAG